AUGAGUGGCGACGGAAAUUUCCAUAAAUGUCUGUCUGGCCACACCCACUCAGCCCCCCAAAUGGGUCUUCAUUCGGAGAUUUGCUCAGUCCGUAACAAGUUCCACUCAACGCUCAUGGCCUCAGUCGCGCCGCCUCGCCGGGCUAUGUCCGAAAGCUACAAACACACGUAUCUAGCCACUUUGAGUGAAGACACGGAGGAUCCGCUAAGCUCGCAGCCGCUGCCCAUUGGGCCGGUGGACGACCACCACCCGCUCGUAUUGGCUGUAGACCACGAUGGUGAGCCUUUACUGGCGCUACAACACCGCUCCAAGUCCGAGGGCUUCAUUUGCACGGCCCAGGGCAUCGUGUUUGAGGACAACAAGAGCGUAUAUAGCUCCAAGCUCAGUAGGCUCAAGGCGUUGGCCUCUAACUCGAACGCCCUGGGCACGCAGAGUAACGUGCUGUUGGCCAAGAAGGCGCUCCGGUAUCGUAAAGCGAUUGGGCGGCGCCGUAAGAUGGAGUGAAGUCAAGUCUCCUCCAUGGCCUCGCGUCGCCAGACGGUCGUCUGCGAUUAUUAGAAGCGGCGUGGCAAUCGACCUGGACGCUAAAAUGACGAGUCAUCCACCCCAUUGCGACGCUGGAGGCCUAUCGAGAAGAGGACGGGGGCUGUGGCUGCAUGUGAGGCAGCUGCAGCUUAAUUAUUAUCAUAGUUGUGUAUUUUACCCUUCGAGUGCAAAGGUGACUCCGCACUGAGUUAGGGAUGUUUGUUUCUGAGUUGUAGUGCAAUAGCAUGUUGAGAGAAAAUCGCAGCGAUUUACGCUAUCGA